AUGCUAAACAUUUUUUCUCCAAAGCAGCAGACAGUCGAUCCAAAUAAGCCGACUUCAAAAACAACUCCAGCCGUUCUUCGUGUAACAAAAGGUAAGCGGUACUAUGAAAAACAAGAUGAUGACAUGUUUGAGAACACUCUUCUCUUCUUUCUCUGGUUUCCAGAUUUAAAUGAAUUACAAUUACCGGGAACAUGCAAAGUGAUUCAUCCUGAUCCAAACAAUUUAUUAGACUUUAAUUUAACAUUUACACCCGAUGAGGGUCUUUACAAAGGUGGACAAUUUAAAUUUUUAUUUAAAGUUCCAACAGAAUAUCCACAUUCUCCACCAAAAGUCAAAUGUACACAAAAGAUUUAUCAUCCAAACAUUGAUUUAGAAGGAAAUGUUUGUUUAAAUAUUUUGAGAGAAGACUGGAAGCCAGUAUUAACGAUCAACGCCGUUAUUUAUGGACUCAUAUUUCUAUUUGUUGAACCGAAUGCUGAUGAUCCAUUGAAUAAAGAAGCUGCUGAAGUGUUAAAGAAUAAUAAACGUACAUUUGAACAAAAUGUAGCUCAAUCGAUGCGAGGAGGAAAUAUUGGCUCAGUAUCAUUUGAUCGUCAUGUGAUGUAUCCUCAUAAAUAUGCUACUAUAGAUAGUGCAGCUGGUCGAUUUAUUGUUCGUGAAAUAUUAAAUAUCAAAGAACCAAUACACGGUGAUGAUAACACAGAUAAUGAAAGUGAUAAUAUUAGAAUACCGAUACAUAUACAAACGGGAAAAGUAAAUAAUAACAGAAGAAGUCAUUUUAAAAAAUCAAAAAGACGUAAGAAACGUAGAGUUGUUCGUGAUUCGUUAUCUUCUGAUAUUAUAAAUAAUGAACACGACGAUGAGAUCGAUGAAGAAAUCGUACAACAACAAUCGUCACCACAAAUAACAACAAGUCGCUUGUUUAAAAUAAGGCAAGAACAAAAUAAACAAGAAGAAGCACAAAUUGAUGAUAAUAAUGCAAAUACAUCAAAUGAAAUAUUUUCAGAUGGGGAGAUGUUAAUGGAAGAUAAUGAGGAAGAAGAAACUGAAACAAUUACUCGUUACCAAAUAUCGAUGUUUAUUGUUCCAAAUGGAUUAUCUUCGCCAAACACAGAUAUUGAGAAUCAAGAACCCAACACGUACAGCAUAUGUUUUACCGAUGAACAAUCUAAUGGAAUCAUAUUCUGUCCUGAGGAUAUUCGUUUAUCUCUGGUCGGUCUAUUUUCUAUAACACAACUAUAUGGCCCAUUAUCGAUGAUUCACGGUUAUGCACUACAAAUAGGUCAACGUUAUGAUAUCUACAAUAUUAGUUCACAAUCACUUAUGACAGUUGAAACAAAUACAAAACGACAAACUAUUUCAAAUCAACAACGGACAUUAAUCGAACAUGUUGAAGAAAUACUAAACCAGUUCUUAAUUAAUUAUUCAACUGAUCUAAUGUUCUAUUAUGAUAAAAUUAGUUUAAUGUCGAAUGUAUCCAUCUAUCAUGUAAAAAAGCUACAAACAACAUGGUCAGCGACAAUCGAAGAAAAUAGUCAUUUAUUAAAAUCAUGGAUAUUUGAUCAACAAUAUUUAUCAAAUAAAAAGGAUUUCUAUCCUAUAUGGCCACAAUGUGGCUGUUACAGAAAUAAUCAACACAAUAUUGUUUGCUAUUCCGAUGAAAUGUUGACAGCAGCGAUUGAUAUUGCCGAGAUAUCUCAUUCACGUAAUUCCUACAUUAUUUUCGUUUGUGGAGCUAAGGAUAGCGGUAAAUCUACCUAUUUACGUUAUUUGAUUAAUUCAUGCUUGUCCAAAUCAGCAUCUGCCUCAGUGGCUAUAAAUCGUCUUCAAAUCGGAUAUCUGGACUGUGAUAUAGGCCAAAGUGAAUUUACUCCAAGUGGUUGUAUAUCAUAUCAUCAAAUUACCCAACCUCUAUUCGGACCACCAGCAUCACAUCAACUUAAACCAAAAUAUGCCCUCUAUUUCGGUGAUAUAACAGCUGAAAAACGUCUGAAAGCAUAUUUGAAAUGUGUUCAAAAUUGCUUUACUCAGUGGAAAAAUGAUAUAAAAACGACCACAUCAAAUGUUUUAUUUGUAAAUACAAUGGGAUGGGCUAGUGAUGCUGGUCUUAUUCUAUUAAAAGAAAUGAUUGACACAAUUCAACCAAAUCUCAUUGUACAAGUACGUAGUGAAAGUGCACAUUAUCGUAAUACAAUGCCGGAGAUAAACGAACAAUGGUUUUCAGCACCAGAAUCAGAAUCAACUGAAUUUUAUCGACGAAAAUUAAAAAUAUCACUCAAAUCGAAUACUCAACCGAAAACUGACUUUGCAUCUAUAUUAUUAUACACAAAAUCUAAACAAGUCUCAGAACAUUAUAGCAAAUCAAAAUUAUCUCGUCAAACAUGUUUUUGGUCUUAUUUUUCAAAAUUAGAAUCGAUAACAACAUCUAUACUCAAACCAUUAGUUGAUUAUCCGCCAUUAAUAAUUCCAUUUCAGCACAUAGCUAUUGGUAUCACUCAUAAAGAUAUUGAUCCAAAGUAUCUAUUUCAUGUCAUUAAUGCAUCAAUGAUUGCUUUAUGUCAAGUCAAGCAAGAUAUGUUAUAUCGUUCAGCAGAUAAUAUGCCUGCAUUAAUUGCUGAAGAAGCUAAUUUAGAAUUGAUUGGAUUUGGUUUUAUUCGCGGCAUUGAUAUGGAAAAACGUGAGAUUCAUAUUAUAACUCCUGAACACAGUCAAAGUAAUCGACCACGAAUUAAUGCAAUUAUUAAAGGUCAUGAUGAUUUUCCAGAUGAAUUUUAUUAUAUGGGAAUUGAUCGACUUCGUGGAUAUAUGCCACCUUAUGUGACGGGGACGUUUACUCAAAAGAAAACAUUUAUAUCGGGACAAAAUUGGAUUAAUCAUAAACCAAUUGAUUGUCAAAUGAAUAGUUAG